AUGGCACCCUAUAAAAGAAAGAACAAGAAGACCCGCACCCCAAAAAGAAAGAUCCCCACCCAGUCGAGUGCCAACAGGACCCUAUCUGAGUACAUCCUUAGUAUAAGCGAAAUUGGUGCUUUGCACAGCCUUUCUGAUGCCGUGAAAAUCUUCCAUGGCUUUGAUAAAAUGGCGUUUGUUGUAGAAAAUAGCCCUGACGUGGUUGAAAAUGCGGAAACUCGCAAAGAAACUGCCAAAAUAAUUAGAAAACUCAAAAUUGCUCGCGCAGGCAAGCCAACAAUCAGGAGAAAGCGAGGUGGUCUUCACAUCCAGGUUUUAGUGCUCAAAGCCCCUAUUGUCGAGGCAGUCCCAACUACUCUCAUUGCUCCAAUCCUCGAGGAAGCGGAGCUUGAGUCCCCAACAGUCGAGGUGGAUGAAACUGGUGACCCGGAUGACGAAAUAUUGGACAGCAUUUGUGUCACUCGAUUUGUCCGGCACGAGGUCAACAAUGCUCAAGGAUCUCGCAUGUCUGCGGAAACUCCAAGUCUGAUGGCAGCCGAAUUUCAAUGCGGCAUCUGUUACGACUGGUUUGAUACCGCCUAUCAGAGGAGGGUCCACCAGUGGGAUAAAUACGGUAUCCGACAUGUCCGCUUCGAAGGGCAAGGCCAGAUUCACUCCUGCGGCGGCAAGAUUUAA